AUGAUUACUACUCAAUCACAAACAUUAGAACCUCACCUUGUCAUCAUCGGCAGUGGCUGGGCAGGUUUCUAUCUCGCCGAAAACAUCAAUCUCUCAUCCUACAACGUCACCCUGAUUUCUCCCCGACGCACAUCCGCCUAUACUCCACUCCUAGCAUCUGCUGCAGUAGGGCUUUUUAACUUCUACCUGGCUGAAGAACCAGUCCGUUCUGCGUCGCGAUGCGACCUGAAUUUCGUGAAGGCCAAUGUGUUGAACAUCGACUUCACCCAGAAAAUAUGCCAGUGCACACCGGCGUUUGAGGAAGACCCGGGCCUGGAGAAAAUCCAGUUCGAGAUCGCCUACGACUACCUCGUCAUCGCACCGGGAUGCAUCCCGAAUACGUUCGGCACGCCCGGGGUGGACGAGUACGCCAUCUUCAUCAAAAACGUCAGCGACGCGAUGCGCGUGCGCAAGACGCUGUUCGACCUCCUCGAGAAGGCGAGCUUGCCGUGUGUCAGCACCGAGCGUGCAAAGGAGUUGCUCCACAUUGCGAUCGUCGGUGGAGGACCCACGGGCAUCGAACUCACGGCCGAGCUGGACGACCUGUGUCAAAACGAGCUGCGCAAGCUGUAUCCACGGGUCGCCGAGCACGUCACGAUCUCCAUCUACGACGUCGCACCCCAUAUCCUGUCCGCCUACGACGCCAAGCUGCACGACUACGCCACCAGCCAGCUGAAGGCACGCAACGUGGACGUCGCACCCAACACGCGCAUAGAGAAAGUCGAUGGACAAGCCCUCUACAUCAAGGACAAAGGCCGCGUCCCCUACGGCAUGCUCAUCUGGGCCACGGGAAAUAAGCACGUCCCUUUGAUCGAGAACCUCGACGUCAAGAUCAACGAGAAGGGCCUCAAACGCAUCCUUACGGACGACAAGCUACGUGUAUUCAGAAAGCUGGACGCCACAACGGCCAACCCUUCUUCACCUUCGCCCGGAGUCUGGGACGGGGUCUUCUCCCUCGGCGACGCCGCCGACAUCGAAGGCCAAUCACUGCCCACCACUGCCGAAGUCGCAGUCCAAAAGGCCAAAUACCUAGUUGAGAACUUCAACGCCUUGGCUGCCUCUGCUUCUGCCUCUGCCUCGUCCUCGUCUUCGUCCUCCUUCGCCAAACCCUUCAUCUAUACACAAAAGCAACUCGUCAGCUACAUCGGACACCACGACGGGGUCAUCGCUGGAAAGGGACCCAACGAUUCAGGCUGGACGGGCCGAAGCGCCUGGCUCGCCUGGCGCAGCGGCAGCCUCAUUUGGAACCGCAAUUGGCGCAGCAGGGUCGUCAUCGUGAUUACUUGGGCGUUGAAUCGUGUUUUUGGCACCGAGAUGGCGAGGAUGUAG